AGCACAGAGAAAUCGGUGAGAGGGAGGAGGAGGUGAAGUGAGAGCUGAAGACAGAGAGAAGACGGCAGCCCGGUACUGAGCAGAAGGAAUAAUUUGCUUGACAAAUGGAGGCUCCUCCAGUGACCACCAUGCCUGUUUCAGGCGGGACCAUCAACAUGAUGGAAUAUCUGCUUCAAGGCAGCAUACUUGACCAAGGUUUAGAAGGCCUUCUUCAUCGAUUGCGUGGUUUAUGUGACAACAUGGAGCCGGAGACAUUUGCUGACCAUGAGAGUGUGUACUUGCUAAAAGGCCAGCAAGCAAGCCCCUUUGUACUUCGUGCCCGACGGCCUCUUGACCGACCAGGAUCUCCAUGGCACCUCCGUUAUCUUGGACAGCCAGAAGCAGGAGACAGAAGUCGUCACUCAUUGGUCAGGAACUGUGUCGAUAUUGCAACCUCAGAAGUCCUGCCUGAAUUUCUACAAGAAAUGGGCUUCAGAAUGGACCAUGAAUUUGUAGCAAAAGGACAUUUGUUUCGUAAAGGAGCCAUGAAAGUGGCUGUGUUCAAAAUAUUCCGUGUGCUAGUGGCAGGAACAGCUGAGGGGGCUGAACCAUUGUCUCUCUCUUACUUGGUUGAACUUAGUGCUGUGGCUCCAGCUGGACAAGACAGUGUAGCUGAUGAGGUCAGGAGCUUUGCAGAACAACUAAAACCACUGGUACAGCUGGAAAAAAUUGACCCGAAACGUCUGAUGUGAGAAGGAUGAUGGUGGAUUUGACAUAAAUUUACACUGCCAGAGUUUCCUAAGAGGCGAUAAAAGAUCAGACCAUUGCUUAUUUUUGGACUGUUUACAGGCUUUUAUUAAACAAGUGUUUUUCAUAGUUGUCUCUUACCUUUAA